GAACAGUUGGCAGCGCCGGUGUUGUGUUGUAAACAUGCAGAAGAUGAACAAUUUAAAUUAUCCAAUUUUAGUGUGUAUUUUUAUGGUUUUGUAUGGUGUGGUGAAUGGGAGUUUGCUGCACAGGAGAUUCGAGUAUAAAUAUUCGUUUAAACCGCCAUAUUUGGCGCAAAAAGACGGCAGCGUACCGUUUUGGGAGUACGGUGGAAAUGCGAUUGCUAGCGCUGAAAAUGUGAGAGUAGCUCCUUCAUUACGGAGUCAGAAGGGGGCGAUUUGGACGAAAAACCCAAUUAAUUUCGAUUAUUGGGAGGCGGAUAUUGCGUUUAGAGUUACUGGAAGAGGAAGGGUCGGUGCUGAUGGUUUAGCAUUUUGGUACACCCAAAAUAAAGGUAGUUACGAUGGGGAGGUUUUUGGAUCAUCGGAUAAAUGGAAUGGAUUGGGAAUCUUUUUUGAUUCUUUCGACAACGAUAAUAAACACAAUAAUCCUUACAUUAUGGCUGUAUUGAAUGAUGGAACUAAAGUUUUUGAUCAUAAACAAGAUGGCUCAACUCAACUUUUAGCUGGUUGUCUACGAGAUUUCAGAAACAAACCCUUCCCUACUCGUGCGAAGAUUGAAUAUGCUCAAAAUGUUCUCACAUUAUUAUUCCAUAAUGGAAUGACGAACAAUGAGAAGGAUUAUGAGGUGUGUUUCCGCGCUGAAAACGUUCAACUUCCUAAAAAUGGUUUCUUUGGUGUUUCUGCUGCAACUGGAGGUUUAGCAGAUGAUCAUGAUGUGAUUCAUUUCCUUACAACAAGUUUACAUUCUCCUGAUCAAGCUCCACAAGGAAAUAAUAUACCUGGUGAAGACACUCAAAAAUUAACCCAAGAAUACCAAGAAUAUCAACAAAAAUUAGAGCAACAAAAAGCUGAUUAUAAAAAGGAUCAUCCAGACGCGGAAGAUCCUAAUUUUGAUGAAUGGUACGAAAGUGACAACCAAAGAGAAAUGCGUUUAAUCUUCCAAAGUCAAUCUCAAAUGUUUGACACUAUCCGCGAUUUAAGUAGAAAACUAGAUGAAGUUAUCGGUAGACAAGAAAGAACUUUAAGUUUAAUUUCCAAUCAACAAUUAGCUCCGGGUCAAGCACCCCCACCACCCCAACAAGGGGGUCAAGUUCCACCACAACAAGGCUAUAUCGAUACAAUACGUAGACAUGAAGUUGAUACUGUGAUUAAUAAUCAAAAUAUUAUUAGUAAUGCAGUUAGGGAAAUAAGACAAUUUGUGUUGGAAGUCAAACAACGUUCAGAUACGAUUAUAAAUAAUCAAGCAAAACAACCGACGGCCCAAGUACAAUCUGUCGGUUAUGAUACACAAUCCUUAGUUUCGGAAAUGAGAGAUGGUUUAAAUAAUUUGAAACAAAGUUAUGGAAAUGUUGUCCAAAAAUUAUCAGAGAAACCGAAUUGUCCAACUAAUACGUGUGUUAGUGUAACAAUGUUGCUUGUUAUUACAUUAACGCAACUAGUCGUUAUUAUGGGAUAUAUGUUGUAUAGGGAUAAUAAAGACAGUCAAGCAAAGAAAUUCUAUUAAGUGUUUAAGGAAUUGGUAGAAUGUGUGAAUAUGCUCCAUGUAAAUCAUGUAAUGUUCAUUGAAAUCAAUCAAUUGGUUAGUGAUUGUUCAUCAUCGUACUGAAAUUUUUUAGGUUCUAUGUCUUCCGCUAAGUUUACCUAAUCUAUGUAUUUUUUUCAAAGUCAUCCAUACUUAAGUGUUUUUCCUUCUUUUUGUAUGAUAAUAUUGUACAAACUUCAUAAUAAUAACGUAUUCUUUUGUUAAAAAUUUA